CCGCGGGCCGCCGCCCCCGCGGGCCCCGAGUGGGGAGGCUGCGGCCGAGCGCCCGGAGCGUGCGUGGCCACGUGACGGCCGCUAUAAGAGCGCCCCGGGCGGCCACUCCGCUCCCGCCGCGCCUCCUCGCUGGCCGCGCUCCCUCCCCGCGCCCGGUUUCUCCCGGCCACCAACCUGCGGCUGCGGCGGCCGCCCGCCCCCGGCAGCACCAUGGCAGAUCAGGCUUUUGUGACACUGACCACAAACGAUGCCUACGCCAAAGGAGCCCUGGUCCUGGGCUCGUCUCUGAAACAGCACAGGACCACCAGGAGGCUGGUGGUGCUCAUCACCCCGCAGGUGUCAGACUCCAUGAGAAAAGUUUUAGAGAAUGUCUUCGAUGAAGUCAUCAUGGUGGACGUCUUGGACAGUGGCGAUUCUGCUCAUCUGACCUUAAUGAAGAGGCCUGAGUUGGGUGUCACCUUAACGAAACUCCACUGCUGGUCCCUUACACAGUAUUCAAAGUGUGUGUUCAUGGAUGCAGAUACUCUGGUCCUAGCAAAUAUUGAUGACCUUUUUGAGAGAGAAGAAUUGUCGGCGGCACCGGACCCAGGGUGGCCUGACUGCUUCAAUUCUGGAGUCUUCGUUUAUCAACCUUCAGUUGAAACAUACAAUCAGCUGUUGCACGUUGCUUCCGAGGAAGGUAGUUUUGAUGGUGGGGACCAGGGUUUACUGAACACGUUUUUUAGCAGCUGGGCAACAACAGAUAUCAGAAAACACCUGCCAUUCAUUUAUAACCUAAGCAGCAUUUCUGUAUACUCCUACCUCCCAGCAUUUAAAGCGUUUGGCGCAAAUGCCAAAGUUGUGCAUUUCCUGGGACAAAUCAAACCGUGGAAUUAUACUUAUGACCCCAAAACAAAGACUGUCAGAAGUGAGUCCCCUGAUCCCAUCACGACUCACCCCCAGUUUCUCGACCUGUGGUGGGACAUCUUCACCAGCAGUGUUUUCCCGCUGCUCCAGCAGUUCGGCCUUGUCCAGGACACCUGCUCGUAUCUAAAUGUGCUUUCAGAGUUGGUCUAUACACUGGCUUUCUCUUGUGGCUUCUGUAGAAAGGAAGACAUCUCAGGAGCCACAUCACAGCUGUCCCUUGGGGAGGGCUCAGCUCCAGCACAGCCCUUUGUGUCCUCAGAAGAACGGAAGGAGCGGUGGGAACAGGGCCAGGCUGAUUACAUGGGAGCGGAUUCCUUUGACAACAUCAAGAGGAAACUUGACACUUACCUCCAGUAGAAACGCGGCAGUCUUCCCGUGGACGCAUCACUUGGCAGGCACUUACUUCUUAUACUUAGUUUUUAGAGCUGGGUUAAGGAAGGUCUGUUACAGUUGCUAGUGGCUUGCACUGAAAUUCAUCAGACGUGGGGCUUUUGUAGGGCAGGUGAGUACCGGGCAGAAGCUGUGAAAGAACAACUCUGUUACAUAGACUGCUGUGUUUUAACCAUGGGCUUAUUUCAUUGAUGGGUCAGAUAUUUGUCAGUUACGCCCAUUGCCGAGUUAUGUGGUAAAGGGGACUCAACCUUAAACUAUUGAGAUAGCUUCCAAUGUGCUCAGCCGGGUGCCAAAUCAGUCUCCCUUCGGAAUGGGACAUGGUGUUGGUCUCUUGCUUGCUUGUUGUGCCCUCACAAGCCCUGCAUUUUAGGGUUCCCCAGGGCGGCCAGAGUGACUGUAAUCCUGCUUUCAGGUAAAGACAGCCCACAGUAACACUGCUGAGUGACUCGUAAGCAUCCCGACAGGUGACUUCAGCCCAUUUUAUUUCCUGGUUUUAGUGUCUGGCAACGCUCGCUGGUUUUCUGUGCACAGUGGGGCAAUGUGUUCAGUUCUGUAUAUCUGAAAACAGCAGUGUGUUCUCUGGUUACCUGCAAUAGCACCUUGAAUGAAAAAUAAAGACUUACUGCCACA